GACUCGUUGGCGGACAAGACGGUUAUCUUCAGCUCCAGCUUCCACACCACCAAGAGGGUUCAGAAGGCGCUGCGAGUGAAGAGCAUCUCGGCCCAGGCCGUCACUGAGGGCAGGGGCCUAGGCAUCGACAGAGGCGCAGUCGCAUCCUUCAUGUACGGCACGACGGUACACGGCAUGGCCCCGUGGGCGAGGCAGAAGGCGCGGCGCAGGUAUGCGCAGGCGCUGAGGCGCCCGUGGCCAGGCAGGUGCAUCACCGCGUUCCUGGCGCUGGAGGGGGCAGACCCCGCGAUCACGUCGGUGAGGGCACAGCUGAAGACUUGUUUCGAGGUCUGGGCCAGGAGCCCCGACAUCAGUGAGCAGGUCAAGCGUGCGUGGCCGAGGAUCUACUUCCAGCUGCUGAAGCUCAGAGCGGAGAAGAGGUGGCAAGCUCGAAAGGGGCCGCUCGCCAGCCUCAUCUUCCUGCUGUGGGAUGUGGGCUGGGACUCCAGAGGGCCAGACAUCUGGGUCGACAGGAAUGGCCACUACUGGAAGUUCAGCACUGAGGACCAGGGCGGCGACUACACGGAGAUAGUGGACGCGCUCAUGCAGGACAUCCAGGAUCAGCUGUGGGACAGAGCCGCACAGCACCACAACGGAGGAGGGCUACAACACGGCGCAGACGUGACAGACCUCGAGAAGCACCUCGGGAAGCUCGCGAAGAAGGAGCACCACGGCACCUACGGCGCGCUCCUCACAGCGGCGUGCGCAGGCACCUGGACACGAAGACGGAAGCACGAUACCUUCGGCGGCGAGGAGGUCAUGUGCGAAUGCGGGAG